AUGUCAACUCCGGCUAGGAAGAGACUGAUGAGAGAUUUCAAGAGGCUGCAACUAGAUCCACCUGCAGGAAUCAGUGGUGCUCCUCAGGAUAACAACAUCAUGCUAUGGAAUGCUGUUAUAUUUGGUCCUGAUGAUACUCCAUGGGAUGGAGGCACGUUUAAGUUGACUCUUCAAUUUUCUGAGGAUUAUCCAAACAAGCCACCCACUUGGAGUCCUAUAUAUGAUGUAGCUGCAAUUCUCACUUCUAUCCAGUCAUUGCUUUGUGAUCCCAAUCCAAAUUCUCCGGCAAACUCUGAAGCAGCACGAAUGUAUAGUGAGAGCAAGCGCGAGUACAAUAGAAGAGUUCGAGAGACCGUGAGAGAGUUAGAGGGUGAUGAACGUUUUUUCUGGGAGUUGAGCGUUAACAGCAUGAGAGAGUAG